ACACAUUCCUCCAAGAUGGAAGGUGCUCCAUCUCGUCACUGUAAGAGAUAUAAAUUUCUCAGAAGUUUAAUUUUUUGGUCAAACGCACUACUUUUAUUUACUACAAUCGUCAAAAUAAUUUACGUUUAUGAUCGUCUCUAUGAAUUAUGCUCCUUACGUAAAUUUGUUCCUUUUUUUGCCCACUCUCCUAUGGAGUACGGUUUUUUGUUUCUUUAUUCGAUUUCAGUUUUAGUUUAUUUUGCGUUCCCCCCGGUGUAUGAUAUUAAAACAUCAUCCUAUUAUAAUCGAAAAGAAUUCCGACUGAGUUAUGUUCUAACAGUGAAAGGUAUAUUGAAGAGAUACUUGCAUCAUAUUCAGGAAAAACUGGACACAGACACGGCUAAAGAGAGGUAUCGAACUGCAUGGAAGUCCCAAGAGAAGCGCUUUCAAAAACUUCUGAAAAAGAACAAACCGAAAGAUUUUUUGACUGCGUUACACGAAGCUGGUCAUCUCAUUGGUUUUUGGUAUACAACGGUGGACUGCUACGUGCGCACAGCUAGUAUCAAGCCGUACCAAAAUAGAAAACAAGGGAUUGAAGUUCGCUACACAGAUGUGUAUUCAUAUGCAGAGGUAUUACAUUGAUUG